GUGCCGUUUGCAUAAAGAAAUGCAGUCAAACCAGUUUGUGAUGUCAUGUGUAACUUCCUACCUUGGUUGACGAUUACUUAGCAAGAAAGUGACUGGAUUUAAGGGACGAAAAGCAGAAGAGGAUUUAUGGGACUAAUUCAGUCAACGAAACGUCCACAGGUGAUCCUGAUGGGUUUGGACUCUGCGGGAAAAACGACUUUGCUGACUCAACUGCUAACUGGCCAGGUGAUGGGCACAUCGCCAACCAUUGGAUUCAACGUAGGAUCAUUCAAUGUGGACAAGAAGACAUCUUUGACAGUUUGGGAUGUCGGAGGACAAAAAAGCAUGAGGCCCAACUGGAGGUUCUAUCUGGAUGAUUGCAAGGCGCUGAUCUUCGUGGUUGACAGCAGCGAUCCCCGUCGGAUGCCGGAGGCUCAGACGGCAUUGAAGAAGGUUUUGAGUGAAGGAAAGUUCCGAGAUAUUCCGUUGAUGGUUCUGGCCAACAAGAUGGACCAGCCUGGCGCCAUGACUGUACAGGAGAUCUCCGACCAGCUGCGAUUGAAUAACUAUCCGUGUUUGCGUUGGGAGAUCCAAGCAUGCAGCGCCCUGAAAGGAAUCGGUCUGCGUCAAGCCUUCACGUCCGUCGCCAAACUCAUCAAGAAGAACUAACGGGAAGGUAAAGGUAGAAUGUGAAGAGAUGUGAUGGACAAAGGUUGUGUUUUGGAAUGUAUUUAAGAAAUAAAUAUAUACAGCAUCUCAAACCAA